AUGAAAUUCUCCGCUGUUUUAUUAACUUCCGCUGUUUUAGCUUCCACUGCUUUAGCUGGUUCCAGUACUCCAUUGGGUAUCACUUACUCUCCAUACAAUGCUGAUGGUACUUGUAAGAGCACUUCUGAAGUCGCAUCUGAUGUAGCUCAACUGACUGAUUAUCCAAUGAUCAGAUUAUAUGGCGUUGAUUGUAGCCAAGUCGAAAAUGUUUUGCAAGCCAAGGCUUCUGGCCAAAAGUUGUUCUUAGGAAUUUACUACGUUGAUGAUAUCUCUGGCGGUGUUGAAACCAUUAGUUCUGCUAUUGAAACUUAUGGUUCUUGGGAUGAUGUUUACACUGUCUCUAUUGGUAACGAAUUGGUUAACGGCAAUGAAGCUACUGUUGAACAAGUUGGUGAAUAUAUUUCCACUGGUAGAUCUGCUUUGACUUCUGCUGGUUACACUGGUCCAGUUGUUUCUGUUGAAACUUUUACUGCUGUUCUAAACAAUCCAGGUUUGUGUGAAUAUUCUGAUUAUAUGGCUGUUAAUGCUCACGCCUAUUUCGACUAUAACACUGCCGCUGAAGAUGCUGGUCCAUGGUUGAUGAACCAAAUUGAAAGAGUUUGGGGUGCUUGUAAUGGUGCCAAGAAGGUUACCAUUACUGAAUCUGGUUGGCCAUCAGAAGGUCAAACUUAUGGUAAGGCUGUUCCAUCCAAGUCUAACCAAGAAGCUGCCAUUAGCUCCAUUUUGGAUACCUGUGGUGAUGACACAAUCCUUUUCACUGCUUUCAAUGAUUAUUGGAAGGCUGAUGGUGCUUGGGGUGUUGAAAAAUACUUUGGUAUUUUAUCCAGUUAA